UGUCAAGCGAAAAGUCCAAACCUCCUAACCUCAGUUCAGUCCUCAGUCCUCAGUCCUCAGUUUCUCUUUUGAAAAUAAAGUCACCAAAUUCCACAUUAACGUAGGUAUCAAAUUGUAUAUCGUGUUUCUUUAUAUACUUUUCUGCCUCAAGUUCACUAACCGACAAAAUGAGAAGGCUGAGUGAGGAAAGGACAAAAGUUUUAUUUGAAAAACUUGCAAAAUACAUUGGCCCCAAUAUUAAACAACUUAUCGAAAGACCUGAUGGUGUAUAUUGUUUCAGAGAACAAAAAGAUAGGGUUUACUAUGUUUCAGAAAACCUGCUCAAAUUAGCCGCCACUGUUCCCACAGAGAAUAUAGUGUCACUUGGAACGUGUUUUGGCAAAUUCACAAAAUCUGGAAAGUUUAAACUAAAUAUCACGGCAUUGAAUUAUUUAGGUGCAUAUGCACAGUGUAAAAUCUGGUUGAAACCAUCAGCAGAGCAACAAUUCCUAUAUGGCAAUAAUAUAUCUAAAGCAGGCCUUGGUCGUAUAAGUGAAAAUUGUGAGAAAUAUCAAGGGGUAGUUGUAUACAGUAUGUCGGAUCUACCAUUAGGUUUUGGGGUUGCCGCCCGGUCAACUGCUGAAUGUAAAAUGGCAGAUCCAAUUUCGCCUGUAUGUUUUCAUCAAGCUGAUAUUGGUGAAUAUAUUCGGUGUGAAGAAGAUUUAUUGUAAAAUAGGCCAAUAAAUAAUUUUCUUUUUA